CCCGCGCCGCGGUUAACAUUCUUUUUGUGUACGCGGUAAAUAAAGUGAUAAAGUGAUAAGAGUUCUUCGUUCUACAGUGAGAGGGUUCCGUAGCCAAAUUCCCUGUCUUCCAGCACGGCUAUUUUAACCCCCGGCAACGCGAGACGCGCCUGGUUCCGAUCCGCGGUUGCCAAGAUUCACGAGUCCCGCCAGCGCCACUCUCGCAGAGCACGCACGCACGGCGCCAACGAGCGCCAAUUUUCCGCUCAUUUUCUCGCCAGACUUCGACCGGUUCGGUUGGUGACACGGAACGGGCCACCUUUUCCUUCCCUUAACCCUAAUCCGAUUGCCUCGAUCUGGUAAAGUGCUGGUGAUCCCUAGCGCCGGAGGACGCGCCUCUUGUGUUAUCAGUUUGCUGUGUUUCUGUGAUCGUCUGUGACCCGAUCUGUGCUUCCGCAUCUCACGUAACAAACGCCGGCACGGCGGUGCGGGUUUCUUCUUCGUUUGUGCGUUUUUGUAACAUCUCUCGUGGCCACCCCACGAGCACGUUCAUCACGAAUCCGAGUGUCGCUCCUCAUCGCUUGACCUUCGGAACGGGAUCAGCGGGAGGAGAAUCCGCGUGCGUGACGAUCGUCGUCUUUUAAAACGGUCAGUGACGAAUCGUGUGUGCGUGCUAGUGGAUCGGAGUAGCAAGCAGCUUUUAACUCGAGCGUGCCCGAGACGCGAAAAUGUCCACGACGAUGAACCGCGAGCUGUCCGAGGACAGCGCGUUUGCCGCUGGCCGCAACAGUUGGAAUCGCCACUACCAUAACAGCGUGGUACAGCCACUCCUGACCGACCUGUACCAGAUAACGAUGGCAUACGCGUACUGGAAGUCGGGAAAAAUCGAUGAUCAUGCCGUGUUUGAUCUGUUCUUCCGCACGAACCCAUUCCAGGGCGAGUUCACUAUCUUUGCCGGACUGGAGGAGUGUUUGAAAUUCCUGGACAGUUUCCAUUAUUCGGAAACAGACAUUGAAUAUCUGAAGCAUGCCUUACCGCAAGGCAUCGAGGAAGACUUUUUCGAAUACCUUAGCCAACUCACCGCAAAGAACGUCACUUUGUACGCGAUUGAGGAAGGAUCGGUCGCGUUUCCGAGAGUGCCGCUGAUCAAGGUAGCAGGACCGUUGAUUAUAGUGCAGCUGCUGGAAACCACGCUACUGACCCUGGUAAACUACGCAAGUUUGAUGGCUACGAACGCGGCACGAUAUCGAAUGGUUGCAGGAAAGCACAUCCAUCUGCUAGAGUUUGGACUUCGCCGUGCUCAAGGUCCGGACGGUGGCCUAUCUGCUUCCAAAUAUUCCUACAUCGGUGGGUUCGAUGGUACCUCGAACGUGCUGGCCGGGAAGUUAUUCAACAUUCCGGUGAAAGGUACGCACGCUCACGCCUACAUCACAUCGUUUACCGGGAUCGAUGAGCUGAAAACACGUGUCCUUUCGCACAAGGAAGAUGGAACGACACGUGAUCUGCUAGAGCUGGCCAUAGAACAUCGUACGCAGCUGGCAAGCGUUCUAGACGUAUCGACGGACGAGAGCAGCGAAGGUGAACUGGCGGCCAUGGUUUCGUUCGCGAUCGCCUUCCCGGAUGGCUUCAUGGCACUAGUCGACACGUACGAUGUCAAGAGUGACAAACUGCUGGGUGAACCGGCCGUAGAUCUGCUCGAUGCACCCGAUACGAUCAUUUGCGAUCCGUUCUGUGUUGGACGAAUGCACGGUGGAAGCUCGGAAGAGCUGCUUCAACCGUUCAUAGUGACACAACUGCCAGAAAUUCCGGAAGAGGAAUGCAAUGGAUGCGCCACCGAAGACGGUGGCCAGCCGACUGCAGAAGAAGUCGAAGAGCAGGCUGAGGAUGCAGCAGUCGAGUCCGAGCCAGCACCGGAGGAACCAGUCUCCAGGAGCCUGGAAACAGGCGAACCAGAGGAUCCAGAAGUUACACCAGAAGUUGCGGCAGAAGAGAGUCCUCCGCCAGCAGAAGGCGAUGGAGAAGACCAAAUACCAACCACGUUGAUUGUGGUUGAAGAUGUCAACUCACAAAAAAAUGAUGAAAAUGGAAAUGAGGAAAAUAUGGAAGAUCAGAACGUACUGAUAGCGGUAUCUAACGGCGAUGAAGCAGACGAUGAGGCCGACGAAGGCCAGCUCGACGAAAUUGAACAAGCUGAAGAAGCAGAAGAGAUCACCAGAUGUGCGAACUGUGAGGCACUAAACACCAUGAUUCACCACCUGAAAUCCGUUGGAAAGUCCUUCAGGAGCGGUCUUCUCAACUUCUGCGCCGUCGCCCUUGCCUUGAAUGAACAAGGCUUCCGUGCUAUUGGUAUCCGCAUCGAUUCGGGCGAUCUGGCCUAUUUGAGCUGUUUGGCUCGUGAAACAUUCGAGCGGAUCGCCGAGCGCUUCAAGCUACCCUGGUUUAGCAAGCUGACGAUCGUGGCAUCCAACGACAUCAACGAGGAAACGAUACUGAGCCUCAACGAGCAGGGCCACAAGAUCGA